CAUUCGUCGUUCGUGCUCGUUGAUUUUACGACCACUCAUGCCAUUUUUAUUUAUAUGUAGUGUGGGGUAACGAAGUCGUGGAAGAUCGUGCGAAUGGUUUAAUAUUAUUUGAAAGUAAUAUAAAAUAUUUCAAUCUAGUGAUGUAGUUUUAAUUUGAUAAACGAUUGUAUACGUAAUAAGACACAUUUCCGUAAAAAUCAGCGUUAUUAUAUUAACAUAAACGUUGAACGGGGUAGUGAUCACUGUGUAUACGACCAAAUUUUUCACGUCUGUGCUCAACAUAAAAUGGAUUAUCGCCAAAAGAUGGUUUUGGCUUCACAACAAAAGUUUCAUACUGAUGAUGACGACGAUGAAGAUUUAGAAGCUUUACGUUUAGCUGCAUUACAGUCAUUAAGGACUAAAGAUACUUUGCAUAAUAAAAGACAAUCUUUAACACAAUUACAAAAAGUUGUCCCACAAGUGACACAAAUUGCACGUCCGUCUUAUAAACCACAAAGGUUACCAAGAAGGGCUCAUUUCCAUAAUCGUCUUCAACAAAGACAGAAUGGCAAUUUAUAUUAUCAAAGCCCUAGAAACCCUAAUCUCAUAGCUAUCGUUCCUGUGGAUGAACAUUCUGAAUUACAAAAUAUUGAAAUAACAACUGCUGCGAAUGUAGAAAAGACUGAUACUCAUCAUGCAGGCAUAAAAGUAGCAGAAGAAUCAAAGUUUCAUCGUUAUAAAGAUACUGGAAGUGGAUCUGAGGAAGAUGAUCAGAAAAAUCAUACGAAUAAUUUAUUACAAUUAAAGGGAGAGUCUGUUAAAACUGGUAGUAUAGAAAAUGAAGAUACUACAAAAAAGAAGGAGACUCAAUCAGAAGUUAUUGAUGACUCGCAAAAGCAUGAAGAUGAGGAGGAUGUCAAUGACGAUGACGAUGAUAUACUUUUGAUGGCUGAUCUAGAGGAAGAAGAUAGUUUAGAACGAUUAAUGGAUGAGAUGGAACGAGAAAUGAAUGUAGACAAGCCAAUUGAAAAGAAAGAUAAAGAAACAAAUAAAAAGAAUAAUAAACAAUGUGAUGAGAAUGUUAUUCAAGAAACAAAAAAGAAUGAAGAAAAUGGUAAUAGAAAGGAGAAUAACAAUCAUGCUACGUCACUUACGAUAAAUGUUAGAUGCGAAAGAAGAUCUGUAUCGCCGCAUAUAACAAGUGGAGUUUCUCAAAAACGAAGAUCUUUAUCCCCAAAAUCACGAAGUAGUAGAAAAAGAUCACCGAGAAGAUCUCCACGGAGAUCACCGUUAAGGCAAAUAAAAAAGUCACAGAGAGAAUUAACUAAAUAUAAAUCUCCUGUAAGAAGAUCUCCACAUAGAAAAUUAUCACCAAGAAUAAGAUCACCCAGAUUGUCGCCUCAUUCCAGAUCUCCAAAAUUAUUAAGAUCUAGAUCGCCAAGGAUAUUAUCACGUUCAAGAUCUCCUCCUAGGACAAUUCGUUCUCCUAAAAUAACAUCGAGAUCGCCUAGAUUGACACGAUCCCGAUCACCAAUUAAAUUGUCAUCUCAAUCAAGAUCACGUUCAAAAUCUACUUCACCACGUCGAUUAUCUCCAUCAAAGAGAAUAUCACCACGAUCUCGUUCACCAGGAUUUUCUCCUCGUAGAGGAUCACCUCGUAGAAUGUCACCGCCAAAAAUUUCACCAAGAAGAUCGCCAUGGUCAUCUCCUAGAAAUUCUCCACGCCUUUCGCCAAGGCGAAGGAGAUCACCUAAAGUAUCGCCAAAAGAAUUAACAAGAAAGCAUGGGGGUACGUGCUCAGUGAGCCCUGAUAAUACAUUAAAUUCUUUAUACAUUAGAGAAUCACCUCCUAUGCAUAAACGAAGAUUGUCACCUGAAUCUUAUAGAGAAAAAACAAAACAGAAAGAGGAAAAUUCUGAUAAGAUUGAUUUAAGUGAUGUUAAAGAAACGAUUGAUAAUACAGUAAGUGAUCCAAUUUUGGAAGCACGAAGGAAAAAGUUUGAAUCUACAAGACCAAUAGAUCCUGUACUUGCUAAUAAAAAGAUCAAAUUAAGUAAUGCUAAUAAAAAGACAGAAGUUUUAGAUAGAACUCAAACGAUCAGCACAAAAAAAAUUAAUAAGUUAACAGACGAUGAUCAUAAUGUUAGAGAUAGAGAUAUAUGUUUGGAUACAACUUAUGAAUUUGAAGAAUUAGGUGAUACAAUGGAAAAUAAUUCUCCAUUACCUAUUAGCAGUUCGAUCAAUUCCUGUAUAAAUGUGGAAUCUUCAAAGACAGAGAAAGAGAAGUCAUCUAAGAAGAAGAAAAAACGUGAUAAGGAAAUAUAUCAAGUUGGAAAAUUAAAAAGUGAAUUGCCUCUGUCUGAACGUAUUGGAAAAGAUAAAAAAUGUAAGAAAAGGAAGGAUAUUAUUGCAGAAGUUCAAAAUGAGGACGUAGAUGCUAUAUUUGAAGAUAUUGCUGUAGACGAAGAGGGUGACUUAAGAGCUGAACUUAGUAGAAGACGUGCUGAACGAUUAAACAGAUCUGUACCAAUUCAAUCAGCAAGACUUGUACAAUCAGCUUUCAAAGGAGUUGUUAAUGAAGUUGUGAAAAAUAAUGCAAAAGUAAAUCAGAGGCAUGUAAUCAAAAACGAUGAGAAAGUUAAUCAAAAGGACGUCAGACGAGUUACUGUUGUUAGAUCAGUUUCCGAAUUACAUGAUUCCGGAGAUGAAAGCAAUCUUGAUUCAAAGGUCCCUGUACGUUUCAGGCUAGGCCUUAAUAAACAAAUUCAAGACACAAGAGAAACAAAAUCACGGAAAACCUCAAAAAGACAGAAUCGCAAGGUAAAGCACAAAACUAAUUUGACUUUAACCAAUCCAGAAAAUGUUUUGUAGUAUUAUGUUGUUAAUUGAUUGUAUAAAAUUAAGCACAUCUUUACUUUAUAUAAACACGAUUUUAAGAGAUAAUUUCAAUGCAAAUUUGCACAACAACAAAAUACCCUAUAUAAUAGUGAUAUAAUCAUUAUAAUAUAAUAUACAUAUACAUAUAUAUACACACAUACACAAUAUAUAUAUAUAUAUAUCUUGUGUAACAAAAUAUUAUUUUUGUGAAUCUCAACAAAAAAAAGUAGGUCAUAUAUAGUCAUUUGUAUCUGCAACAAAUAAAGUAUAAAGAAUAUAUAUAUAUAUUAAGUUGAAAUAUAUUUAUAUAUAGUCUGUGAUAAAUCACUGUUUUAAUUGAAGUUAAUUCUUUGAAAUAGUAUACAAAAAAAAAAAAAAACAUUAAGAUGAUUUAAAUCACAUUUAAAUAGACAUUUUUCAUAUUAAAAUAUAUUACAAUAUUAAAGUUUGAAUUAUUUGAGGUAAUAUGAGAAAUUAAAUGAUAAGAGCAAUAAUAUUCUGACAAAUCCCAAUUUUCAUUUACACUUUAUAUCAUGAACAUAUUUACACUUUAUGUUAUGAACCAUGAACAUGUAUGACUUAAUGAAUUCUAUGUUACAAACACUUUUUAUUAAGGAUUGUUUAUUCUUUUAUAAUUGCAAAUAUAAAAUUGACCGAGUUGAGAUAAAAUUUUGUUAAUACUUGAAAAGCUUUCUUUGUUAUAUACAAUACACAUAAUAUAUAUGUAUAUAUAUGUAUAUGUAAUUUUUCUUUAAUUUAAGCAUUAGACAAGAUCAAACAAUAUGUGAAAAUUAAAAAGUAAGUUCAGGUUUUAAAAUUUAUUCUAAUAUCAAAAAUCAUUACAAUCUAAUAUUUAAUUGUGCUAUUGUAACUUCGUAUAAAUUUUUCAUCAAUGUCUACUUUAUUUUUGUAUUAUUUAGAUGUGAUUAUCAAUACGCAUAUAUAGGCAUUAAUUUAAUUCUAUGAUAUUACAAUACAAAUUUUGUUUAUAUAUUAUUUUUAACUCUUAUAGUUAUAUAUAAGAGUUUAAACACAAAAGCUUAUGUGCGAAUUUUCAAUAAUCCGUUUUGAAAAGUUUUGAAUGCUUAUACUAUUUUCUAUGUUAUAUCCUUAUGUGUCAUAUUUUCAUAAUUUCAUUAUAUCCCAGAUAAAUUUAAUUAACAAUUCUUGGAAAAGAUAAUGGGUGGGAUAAAUUACUAGAAUGUUCAAAAAUAUAUCUAAUAGAUAUAGACACGUAUAAUAAAAUGUCUAUAAAAAUGUUGUGCAUGUAUUAUUUUAUAUAUAAUAUUUUCUACAAUAACGCAUAAACACGUACCAAAUGAUAUUAGGAAAAAAAAAGAAAAAGAAAAAGAAAAAAAAAAAAAAAGAAGAGAAAAAGAAACUUAUAUAAAAUAUAAAGUUAACUUGAUUCCUUUAUAAAUAUAUUAUUUGAAUAUAACAUUAAAGUCUAUCCUAUAGAAAGGAAGCUUAUUAAGGAUUAAUUAUAUUACAUGUGAUUAAAAUAAGACUUUUUAAUCUCUUAUUUAAAAUCAGGCUAUCGGUGUUAAACCUUAUGUAAAUUUAUCUAUUAUAUAUUAUAUAUCGAAUUAAUAAGUUUUGAAAUAUACUGCUACAAAUAAUUUAUGUACAUUGAAAAUAUUGAUAAUACAAAUAUCUCUAUAUAUUUUCUUUUAAAUUUAUAGUUACAGAUACAACAUGUAUCUUAUUAGUUAUUGCACGAAUGCAAAUCAUAUGUUCCGAUAAGAAUUUUUUAAUGAAUAUGAAUAUGUUAGAAAGUAGUAGCAUACAUAAAGAGAGCAUGAAAGAGGUGCUUAAAAUCGAUUACACACACACACAUACAUGCAUACAUACAUACAUAUAUAUAUAUAUAUAUAUAUGUAUGUAUGUAUGUAUAUGUAUAUAUAUAUAUAUAUAUCUGUUAUAUUGUAAGUUUGGAAAGGUACAAUAUUCCAGUUAGGAAAAUAAACGUGAUCUCUUUUUUGUCUAGGAAUAAAGUAAAUCCGCGUUCAUCUGAUUGCUUGAAUAUUUAAACGAAGAGAAUAAGGUGUCCAUCUUCCAUCAUUUUUUGUCAACGUAGGAAGAUGUAAGCAUAUUAGGGGUUAAAGUAUAUUGCAAAAAUAUACAAACAUACAGUGAAGGAUAAAGAGCAUUGUGUUAAUUAACGAUAGACAAUAUCCAAAAUUUGCACAUCUUUAUGUCUAUUUGUAUUUAGUUAUUUAUUGUUAAGUAUUGCUAUUAGAUUCUUGAUUACAAUUAUAUUAAUUCAUCUCUGUUUUUUGUUGAAGUACGUGUACAUAAUUUAAAUCAAUCACUCAUUUAAUAAACAAGAAUCAUUAAUUAUCCCAAAGUCACCCUUUGUACACCUAAAACAUGUAGUAUUACAUAGAAAUAUUGUAUAAUAAUAUUGUCUGUACAUAUAUAAAGAUAAAUGGUAUAAAUCGAUCAGUUAAAAAUUGGUUAAUCGUAUAAGAAAUAUGUAGAAUAUUUUGUAAAUUGCAUUAAUGUAUCAUUGUGCAUCUCAAAAAAUAAUUUGUGUAAAUUCGUUAUUUAGAUGGAAGAAAAUCUGUUUGGUUGAAAUUGAAUUACUUAUACCAUGUACGUUUAAAGUAAAUGGAUACUGUGGAUAUAUUCAAAUUCGACUGAUGAAUAUUAUGCUAUAUAUCAAAAUAGCUACCUGCAAAAUAUAAUUCUACGUCAUAAAAUAGAAUUAUAAUUCAUAUUCAUAUUCAUAUUUUAGUAAUAGAUGUAUAUAUAUAUUAUAUAUACAUUAGCGAUAUUAAAAAUACUUUACAAGUCAUAAGUACAUAUUCUCAUCAUAUAUAUAAAUAUAUAAAUAUAUAUAUAUGUAUAUAUUUAUAUAUUUAUAUAUAUAUAAAGUAGUACUGUACUUUUUUACAUAUUUUUAUGACACUUUUUAGGAAUGUUAGUAAUUUUUUAAAGUAUUCAAUGUAGCAAUAUUUGAUUACUUAUAAAGUGAGUGAUUAAUAUUAUAUUUACUGGCAUUUUCUUAGUGGAUAAUUAUAUAAAAUAAAUUAUAUAAAAUAAUAAUAUAGCGCCAAGAGUGUGCGCGCUACCAAUGUGCAGAUUCACAAGUUGAUAUAUUAAUAUGUAUAUAUAAUUGUAGUCUUAAUUGGAAAAUUAAUAUUCAAUAUGCGAGUUGCGUACCUCAUAGCAUCUAUGAAGGUGUAAGUGUUAAUUUAAUUCAAUAAAAGAGAAUUACAUUUAUUCAAGGUUUCAUUCGCAAAAACUUUAAUAUCAAAGUUAGUCGAUAUAGAACUUUAGUAUCAAAGUUUUUUACAGUGAAAACUUAGAUAAUACAAUAUUAUUCGCUAAUUACAUACGUGCCUUGAUUUGUAAUUAAUUUAUCAAAGGUAAAAAAAGAAAAAAAGAAAAAAGAAAAAGGAAAAGAAGAACAACAUCACGAAUAUAUAUUUUUUCACAAUAUUUUCUACCAAACUCCCUUGUACGACAUUAUGCUUCGGUCAAUAGAUUUACACGUUACAAAUUUUAUUUAUACAAUAUAGCGCGUGUGUAUAUAAAAUUAUCAACUCUGGGAGUUGGCAUAAUAAAAAAUACCUCUUGUAUUUAUAAAUUGUCCUAACAGAUUAAUAAACCUGUUGAGAUAAUAAAUUAUAUAAUGUGAUAUAAAGCGACAAUUAAUGAUUUUACAUACAAAUUAUUGUAGAAUAACACAGAUGCAAUUAUAAUCUAUUUGAUUAUUUUAUAAUAUAAGAAGAUAAUAUAUUAUUUAUAGUAAAUAUUAUUAAUUAGGUCAAUCCAAUUGUUUGUCAAUUCAUUCUUCUACUCUUUUAUCAUUUUAAUCCUAAUUAUU